AUGUUCGGUCAACAGCAGAACAAGCCGUUUGGAUUCGGCACCAGCUCAUUCGGACAGAGCACAGGCUUCGGACAACCUCAAACGUCAGUUUUUGGACAAACUUCGACAUUCGGUACGCCAGCCACACAAAGUGGAGGAUUGUUCGGUCAGAGUACAAGUACGUUCGGAGCUCCGCAACAGCCCCAACAGAACACAUCAUUUUUUGGAAGUACUCAGCCGAGCACCCAGUCGUCUCUCUUCGGUCAACCUCAGCAGACGCAAACGCAAGCCAAUGCCUUUGGAACAUCCGCCUUCGGCAGUCAGAACCGGCCGACCUUUGGGGGCUUCGGUAGCACGACAACAUCGACAGCGGGCACGAGCCUUUUCGGCCAACAGAAUACGACUACGACUGGAAGUCUUUUCGGUCAGGCCCCUGCGAACACCAGUGUGUUCGCGCAGUCGGGCUUCGGUGCGGGUUCGAGUGGAAUCCCCACCCCUCAGUUCAAGCCAACGAUCGGAAACGAUACGAUGAUCAAGAGUGGCACCACUAUAAAUAUUCAGACUAAGCAUCAGUGCAUCACCUGUAUGAAAGAAUUCGAGAACAAGUCGAUCGAAGAGCUUCGCGUCGAUGAUUACCUCGCGAAUCGCAAGUUCGGAAACCAAAACCAAGCGAGCUCCUUCGGAGCUCCGACCACUUCGAACACUAGCAGUCUAUUCGGUCAGACGAACACGAAUACCAAUACUGGAUUUUCAUUUACGAACAACAAUCAACCUAAGCUGUUUGGAGGCACAGCGACCAGUACAUUCGGAACCCCGGCGGCUCCUGGUCCGUUCGGUUCGACGACCUCGACCGCCAAUACCUCGGUCUUUGGCCAGAGUAAUGCUACUCCCUCAUUCGGAGGUUUCGGAAACACCACGGCUCCAAAGCCGGCGUUCGGCUUCAACAACACCGCGACACCCACCGCCACCACGCAGGCAGCAACUCCUUUCGGAGCUCCGAAGCCAUUCGGAGCGACCACCCCUGCUUUCGGCACGUCAACGGCGUCACCUUUCGGUGCGACCACUAGUCAAGCUAAGCCGGCGGUCAGUUUCGGAACUCCCACCUUCAACACCAGCAAUUUCGGGAACCGAGGUUUCGGAACUACCGGCUCAACGUUCGGAGCUCCAGCGCCGACGAGCUCGACUUUCACUUUCGGACCGACUACCACCACCCAGUCGAAUAACAUAUUCGGGGCGAAACCUACAACGACGAGUGCGCCUUUCUCCUUCACCACGCCCACGACCGGGAGCAUGUUCAACUCAGCCCCACCAGCGACCUCUCAACCCUUCGGUUCGUUCGGAACUCCGGCUCUCGGAUCGACUUUCGGCGCAACUCCUGGCACAGGUUUCUUCAAUUCCUCGGCCACGAACCUCGGGGGUCAGAACCAGUCGUCGAAUCUCUCGGACGAGAUCGCGCGUAAUCGUCAACACAUAAUGAUGAUCUCGUUGCCGUUGGGAGGCGAUCCGUUCUUCAAAUGCGAGGUGAAGAAGGACCCGAUCCGGCCAACUUCCCUAGCGGCUCAGAAGUCCAUUCUCGAACGCACCGUGAAGCCUAACACUCCACCGGCGCCGAAAGCGAAAGUCAUUCCCGUCAAUCGAAGUGUCUCGCAUGCCUCGCUCUUCGCGGGCUUGGAAGACGGAGACAAUAGCGCGCUCGGCCCCAGCCCGAAAAUGCUGACCAUCCGACCGAAGAUGCCCGAAUGCUUCAGCUCGCCGUCGAUCUUCCAGCCGUCGACUUCGAGGAAUACCUCGCUCGAAGUGGAAAAACCACCCGAACCCGCCGCGCUUGCCCAGACCCAAGUUGUCGAGGAGCCCUGCACGAGCAGCCCACCGAUCCACAGCACGCCGUACAAUCCGAAGACUCGCCUCCAGUCUCCCGUUCGGCAAGACAUGAACCCCAUUCCCGAGGAAGAAUCCUCGUUGCAAUUGGCUCCGGAGAAAUCGAUUCUCCAUGGCACUGAGGAGCCGAGCCCGGAGAAUGAGAACUCGAUCGGGGUGAAAUGCACCAGACACGAUUAUUAUACGAAGCCGGCGUUGAACACGCUCAAACUCGACAGGAACGGCGACUGCUUUGUUGAAAACUUCAUCAUUGGCCGGAAAGACUUCGGCCACAUGGUUGUUCUGGGCAAGAUGAAUAUCGCGAACCUGAACAUCGAUGAGACCGUUCUUUUCCGUCGGAAGGAAAUCACCGUGUAUCCGGACGAAUCCAAUAAGCCCCCGGUCGGUCAAGGUCUGAACCGAAAAGCCGAAAUCACCCUGGAGUCCGUUUACCCUCUCAACAGGGGCACUCGUGACGUCAUGAGGAAUCCCCAGCAGCUCAUCGACUCGAAAUUCCGAGAUAAAUUGGAGAGCUAUACCCUCAAGAUGGGGGCGAUUUUCCUCGACUACGACGAGUACACAGGUGUCUGGGUGUUCCGAGUAGAUCAUUUCAGUCGGUACGGACUCCUCGACGAUGACGACGAUGACGUGGACGGCGGCAGGGAUGUUGCGAUGACCGAAACAAGACCCCUCCAGACACUGUUGACUCCGGCGGUGGUCCCGAACCCCAAGGAGAAACAGCCGCGUCAAUCGAUGGACAUCACUCAGGUCGAGAUGCCGUCGAACUACAUUUUCUCGCCUGCUUCGAUCCAGGUAUGCCAGGCGAUGCAGUUGGACAACAACAUGCUCCAGGGGAUGAAAGCGUCGUUUUUUGUGGACGAGUGUGACGAGAACGAAUACUCGUGGGCCCAGUAUCAACCGAAGGUUCCGUCAUUCGGAGCUUUCAAACAGAACGAGAUUGAGGAGAAGAAGCUCCGCAUGAGUCCCCCGCACGACCGAGUUCAAACUCAGAUUGCCCUGAGACCGAAGAAACCGUUGCGGGUAUCUCUUCAGACAACGGAUGAAUUCCUGAAGAAGUUCGAUAAAAUUCCCAUGAUUCGUCCAGAAAUCGACAAUCUCGAACAAAAUCGGGUGGUGAACGCAGCCGCCGGCUUUCAACGAAUCAGCGUUCCGGAGGAACUGUCCGUGUUCUCCAGAUACCCGAAGUCGUUCCUGAACGAGCUCGCCACCUGCAAUCGCACGAGACUGCGCCCCAGUCUCCAUCACUGGACUUUGGUGAGACCGUCGGAAAAAGUCGAGACCCGUUCGUUGAACAUCACCAUACCGGGCUUCUCUAAAAACGCCUCAUCGGUUUGCUUCGAGAGGAUCGAUAUGCUGCCGGCCGAGGAAACUCUCAUGGAGAUGAUGAGCGUUCAAUUCGCCAACUCCGAGAUGACUGCCGACCUCAAUGGAAUGCCCCUCUAUUCACCGAUCAAAGGAGUCGAACUCAUGCAGAACCACAUCAAACGACUCGAGCGGCACGAAACCAUUCUCGAAGUCGAGUUGUCGAACACGUUGCAAUUGUGCGACGCUCUCUGGGGGAACGGGGUUUCAGACGUUCUCGAUCGAAUCGAAACCGAAGCCGCUCGGAAACGCGCGCUUUCGAUGUGGAUCACCAGGGUCACCGAAGACGUUGUGCGUCAGGAGGUCUCGUCGUCCGAGAACUCGUUGGAGCGUAUAUUCAGCUACCUCAGCGGACACCAAAUUUCAGCAGCUUGUGAAGAAGCGGUGUCCAAAAGUGAUUACAACCUGGCCACUAUUUUGGCUCAGGCCGCGCACGAUCAGACUACGAAGAUGAUUGUGAGAGAAAUGCACGUCGAAUGGACCCAAUCCAAGAAAGACCUCCACAUAAACCCCGAGCGUCUCCGACUCUAUGCCGUCAUGGCCGGACUCCCGGAGUGGACAUUGAGCGAUGGGAAACAAGUGAAUGUGUGCGAAGGCCUCGACUGGCUCCGGUGUUUCGCUCUGCAUUUGUGGUACAUAUGUCCGUCGAACUUGAGCAUCGCCGAGGUUCUGGCCGAUUAUCUCAAAGCCACCGAAACGUACGCUACACCUCCCGAGGUCAAGCACGGCGAGCGUGAGAUGUCCCCACUGCACGUUUGUUUCCAGCUCAUGAGUCUCUACACGGACCGGACGAGAAGCAUCGAUAAAAUGCUCUGUCCAGACACUGUCCUGGGCGUUCGCUCCCAACUGGAGUAUCGGCAUUGCUGGCUGUUGGGACAGGUUCUCCAGAGUCUACAGUAUAACGUGCCGUGUAUGAAAGAGCUCCACGUACGGAUGGCAUCACAACUGGAGUCGCAGGGUUUGUGGCAAUGGGCCGUUUUCGCUCUAUUGCACAUCGAAGAUGUUCACCAACGACAGAAAUACGUCUACGACCUGGUGUGUCGACACGCAUCGGCUUCGGUCGAGCUUACAGAGAAUGAGACUUUUGUGCAGAAUCGGUUGAAGGUCCCGAAAGAAAUCCUCUACAAAGCGAAAGCCCUCCGAGCGAGUUUCGAGCAGCGACGAGUCAACCAGACGAAGCUUCUGAUCCUCGCCGACGAGUUGAACGAGGCCCAUGAAAUCCUCGUCAACCAUAUCGCAGUGAAAGCCAUCAUUAACGAACAGUUUGAUCUGUUGCGGGAUCUCCUCCACAAAAUGAGUCAGAACUUCACGAAAAUUCAGUCCUGGAACCAGAAGGGCCGUGUCUACUACAACUACAUCCAACUGAGGAGCAUUUUGAAAGACAUCCUUGACACCAAAGAGGACGAAGAGGCUAUUGAACGAAUUUUAGAAGGAAAGUAUCUCGAAGGAGUGUUGGCUUCGUUGUCUUCGAAAUUAGCCCGGCUGCCGAGGGACACGGUCGAGCAGAGACUCUGUCAAAUCGAAAUGGCAAAAACCACUUUCGCGGCCUACAAGAACGUUCUGACUUCCAAGAGCGCGUCCGAUCCACAUUUGAAGAACAGCGCCGUACGGGCCGUAUUCCAGCUUUUGCGUACGUUGCCGUUACCCGAAGAUACUGUCGCUCAGGAGUUCAGGAGACUGUCCGAAGAGUAUCCUGAGUACUUGCCGAGAGAUUGAGUGCCAGUCCAAUGCGUCGGUGAGAGAGAGUAAUAAUAUCUGAGGCGUGUAUGAGAACCGAGAUCUAGUUCACAACACGAAUCCGUUCAGGAUCGGGUCAUCUGAGAAGGUAGUUCGGAAAACUCAGAGAGAGGGAGACGGCUGUUGAGAGUUGUAGAGAGUGCUCCGAGGCUCAGAAGACUACCGAUGAUCAACGUAGUGUAUUUUUACCCCUUACAAAUCAUCAAUCCUGGAGCUCGACGGGCUGUUUUCACUAAUAAAACCUUUUCGGAGGCUCUCAUUUUAAUGGAUGAACAACACAGUCUCCGAUUCCUUCCGCAUGCGAGUACGAGAAGCUUCGGAAGAGGAGAACUUCUUCGACAACAACACCUGUGCUAGCAAGAACUAAUGGAGUAUAUUGUUCCUCAUUUCACAAUCCAUUCGAUUCUCGGGAAGCGAGAUGCUGAUCGAAAUCGAAAUCUGGAAAUAAAUGGAUGCGAGUUCGGCUGA